AUGGGGUCCGUGAGAUGGAAAACACAUCAGCAGGGGCUGAUUAUACUCUGGCUUUUGUCCUUUUCAGGUGUUUUUAGCUUUAGUGAGCUGUCGUUCUCCGUCGAGCCCAAGGACGUGGCGGCGUCUCUCGGUGAGCGAGUUAUUUUGGACUGUCAGGCUCAGGGCGAGUCUCCCGUCGGCGUGCGAUGGAGGAAGAACGGCCUCCAGCUUCACGAGAGCGGCCGAUUGCGUGUCUUGUCCAACGGCUCGCUCUGCAUCUCCAGCUCAGCGCAAUCAGACGAGGGCUUCUACCAGUGUCUCGCACAGAACAGAUACGGAGCCGUCCUGAGCCAAAGAUCCCGUCUCACCAUCUCAAAUGUGCUGUUGUUCAUUACCCACCCGGUCCCUGCUGAAGUCACGCUGGGCUCUGUGGCCAGAUUCUCCUGUGCUGUCAGUGGAUCAGCGGUUAUCAGCUGGGAACUCAACCAAAGAUCUCUACCUCUGGAUUCAGACAGAAUCACUGUUUUGCCAAACGGAGUGCUGCAGAUCCACGAUGUGACAAUGAGGGAUGCUGGGAAUUAUCGCUGCUUAGCAACAAACAUGGCCAGUCGAGUCAGAAGCCGAGAGGCCGAGCUGACCAUCAUCCCAGCAUCGGGUCCGAGGCCUCUCAUGAAACCACACAUCAUAGCAGGACCGCAGAACAUCAGCGCCGGGCUGCGUCAGUCUGUGGUUCUGGAGUGUUUGGCGGAGGGAAACCCUCGGCCGCUUGUGUCCUGGAGCCGGGCCGACUCUAAACCCAUAGACGUGUCCGGAGCCAGAGUGCUGGGAAACGGGAACCUGAUCAUCUCUGUCGUUAAAGCUCAUCACAGCGGCACGUACCUGUGCCGGGCGACGACACCGGGAACACGCAACUACAGCAUAGCGCCCGGAAACCUCGCCGUACUCGUUCCUCCGACUCUAGUAGAGAAACCAGAGAGUCAGACCCGACCCAGAGCUGGUACGGCCCGUUUUAGCUGUCAGGCCGAAGGGACACCUGUUCCCCGAAUCACCUGGUUUAAGAAUGGUCAGGUGAUCCACUCCAAUGGACGCACCAAGAUGUACAACAAUAAACUGGUGAUAACCCAGAUUAUUCCGGAAGACGACGCCUUUUACCAGUGCCAAGCGGAGAACUCUCAAGGCUCGGUUGUGUCCACGUCCCGUCUCUCAACCCUUCAAAGACUAAAUAACGAAGAGUAUCACGCCGUGAUCGGGAAUGACACGACCAACCACAUUGUGGACGAUCUGGAACCAGCGCGAAACUACACGUUUUAUAUCGUUGCCUACAUGCCGAUGGGCGCCAGUCGCAUGUCGGAGCAGGUCACGCAGCACACGCUGGAGGAUGAAACGGCACUGAUUAUAGAGUCUAUACUCGCAGGACUAAAUAACGAAGAGUAUCAGGCCGUGAUCGGGAAUGACACGACCAACCACAUUGUGGACGAUCUGGAACCAGCGCGAAACUACACGUUUUAUAUCGUUGCCUACAUGCCGAUGGGCGCCAGUCGCAUGUCGGAGCAGGUCACGCAGCACACGCUGGAGGAUGUGCCCCUCCGUACGCCUGAGUUGAGCCUAACGAGUCGCAGUCCCACCGACAUCCUGGUGUCCUGGCAGCCGCUUCCUCCCAAACUCAGCCGUGGACGUGUUUCUGCGUACCGUCUGUCCUACCGUACGGCCACGGACGAGCAGGUAAUCUCUGUCGAGCUGCCCGUCCCGAGUGAGAACUGCACCCAGUACCUUCUGCAGGGUCUGCAGCCCGACACCAUCUAUUUGAUCCGAAUGUCCGCGUCAACCCGAGUGGGCUGGAGCCAACCGUCCGCCUGGAACUCCCAUCGCACGCCCAAAACAUCCAGCGCCACAGUGCCUCCCGCGCCAAACCUUGAGCUUGAACCUCUGAACUGCACCUCAGUGACGGUCCGCUGGCAUCCGUCUCCCAGCGACGCCGUCCUCCAGGGAUACAAGCUGUCCUUUCACCCAGACGGCCAAUCAGAGGACUCGCUUCUCCAGCUGCCCCCACAUGACCACCAGCACGCCAUCACAGGACUCAACCCCAGAGUGAAGUACCAUGUGAAACUGUUAGCGUUCAGUGCUAAUGGAGACGGCUAUCAGGCCCAUCAUACGGUCAACACUCCAGGGUGUCCAUGUACUAAUAUGUUCACGCUCGUGGCUCGCUGGAGAGUGGCAGGUUCUUCAGAGAGAAGCUCUGAGCAGACGGUAACAGUAACGGGUCUCCGGCCGAACACGCGUUAUGAGUUUGCAGUGCGUCUUCAUAUGGAUCAGAUGUCCAGUCCCUGGAGCGCCAGCGUCUAUCAGAGGACUCUACUGGAAGCCCCGUCGUCUCCGCCGCGCUCCGUGCGAGUGAGUCUGAUCGAGGACGACACGGCGCUGGUGUCCUGGAAGCAGCCGGAUCAGCCGGACCUGUCCGUCACGCACUACACCGUCCUGUACGCCUCGCAGAGCUCGUGGCUCGCUGGAGAGUGGCAGGUUCUUCAGAGAGAAGCGUUUAUAGACGGCCUGUACCACAUGGAUGAGAAGUCCGUGACCGGCAUCAUCGUUGGCGUGUGUAUCGCGCUGUCCUGCAUCUUCCUCUGCAUCUUCAUCCUCCUCACCAAGAGCACAACACAGAAGUCAGCUUCCUCAAAGAUGAUUGGACAGGUUAGGAAUGAUGUCAUGCGCAGUGCUGCGUCAUCAGCCAAUCAGCAGCAGGCGGAGAACGCAGCGGUCCUGCUGCCGAUGACGAGGACGCACUUCAUUGAUGCCAAAGGAGGAACAAAUUUAAUAAUAAACCACGCCGGACCAAUAAUGAGUGACGCUCAGAGCAAACUGAAAAAAUGGAGCAUGCUUAAUAAUAAUCAGAAGUCUAAUGGACAUAAAAGCAAGAUCGAGGAUCCCGCUGGUCUUUACGAAGUGGGGAAGACGGUUCUGCGUUACGAAGACGAGCAGUCGCGAGUCUAUUGUCCUCUCGGGGAGUCGGAGAGUUCGCAGACCAGCGGCGCAGACUCGGGAAACUUCUCUCACGAUGAGACGGAAACCGCCGAUCCUAACAGAGCCAACGACGGCGAGCCGUUUUCGAACGAAUGCAUCGCGAGCGUCUGCGCGCAAAUUCCAGGCGAAACGCCACCGAAAUCUCCCUCCCGCCUUCAGUUCGCCACGCUUUAA